CAGAGCUGACGCUGACCCUCGGGAUCAGUGCGGUUAUUCUCUCUAUUUCUGUGCGUUCACAAACAACUUGAGUCAUUAUGGGUGAUGCUGGGAUGUCCGUGUUUGGGGCCGCAGCCUCAUACCUGCGGAAGUCUGAUAGGGAGCGUCUGGAAGCACAGACAAAACCCUUUGAUUUGAAGAAAGAAUGUUUUGUGCCGGAUCCCGUAGAGGAGUUUGUUAAGGCCUCUAUCAUAAGUCGAGAGGGUAACAAAGUCACCGUGGAAACACAGGGAGGAAAGACCAUCACUGUCAAAGAUAGUGAUGUUCUGCAGCAGAACCCUCCCAAAUUUGACAAAAUUGAAGACAUGGCAAUGUUGACUUUCCUCCAUGAGCCUGCUGUGCUGUUUAAUCUCAAAGAGCGUUAUGCAGCAUGGAUGAUCUAUACUUACUCAGGGCUGUUCUGUGUCACUGUCAACCCCUACAAGUGGUUGCCGGUGUACAAUAAGGAGGUGGUCCUUGCCUACAGAGGAAAAAAGAGGAGUGAAGCUCCUCCCCACAUUUAUACCAUCUCUGAUAAUGCCUACCAGUACAUGUUAACAGACAGAGAAAACCAGUCCAUUCUUAUCACGGGAGAGUCUGGUGCUGGGAAGACUGUAAACACUAAAAGAGUCAUUCAGUACUUUGCCAGCAUUGCAGCAAGUGGAGGCAAGAAGGACCAGGACAAGCACAAGGGAACCCUGGAGGAUCAAAUCAUCCAGGCUAACCCUGCCUUGGAGGCAUUCGGUAAUGCAAAGACCAUCAGAAAUGACAACUCCUCAAGAUUUGGGAAAUUUAUUAGAAUUCACUUUGAUACAAGAGGCAAACUGGCAUCUGCAGACAUUGAAACGUAUCUACUGGAGAAAUCCCGUGUGAUCUUUCAGUUAAAGGCUGAGAGAGACUAUCACAUCUUCUAUCAAAUCUUAUCCAACAAAAAGCCUGAGAUUCUUGAGAUGCUGUUAGUGACAGCGAACCCCUAUGACUAUUCAUUCAUCUCUCAGGGAGAGACCACAGUUGUUUCCAUUGAUGAUGCUGAGGAAUUAAUGGCAACCGAUAGUGCCUUUGAUAUAUUGGGCUUUACACAAGAUGAAAAGAAUUCUGUGUACAAGCUGACUGGAGCCAUUAUGCACUAUGGCAACAUGAAGUUUAAGCAGAAGCAGCGUGAGGAACAAGCCGAGGCUGAUGGAACUGAAGAUGCUGACAAAGCAGCAUAUCUGAUGGGUCUAAACUCUGCUGACCUCAUUAAAGGUCUAUGUCAUCCAAGGGUCAAAGUGGGAAAUGAGUGGGUCACCAAAGGACAAAAUGUCCAGCAGGUAAACUAUACUACUGGCGCCUUAUCAAAAGCAGUGUAUGAAAAGAUGUUCCUGUGGAUGGUGGUGAGAAUCAACCAGUCUCUGGAGACAAAGCAGCCACGUCAAUACUUCAUUGGAGUGUUGGAUAUUGCCGGCUUUGAGAUCUUUGAUUUAAAUACCUUUGAGCAACUCUGCAUCAACUUUACCAAUGAGAAACUGCAACAGUUUUUCAACCAUCACAUGUUUGUGCUGGAACAAGAGGAGUACAAGAAAGAAGGAAUUGAAUGGGAGUUCAUUGACUUCGGCAUGGACCUGCAAGCCUGCAUUGAUCUCAUUGAGAAAUCCAUGGGCAUCAUGUCCAUCCUUGAAGAAGAGUGCAUGUUUCCAAAAGCCAGUGAUGCAACCUUUAAAGCAAAGCUUUACGACAACCACCUUGGAAAAUCAAACAACUUCCAGAAACCCAGGAUUGUGAAGGGAAAGCCAGAGGCUCACUUCGCCCUGGUUCAUUAUGCUGGCACAGUGGACUACAACAUUUACAACUGGCUAGUGAAGAAUAAGGACCCCCUGAAUGAAACUGUGGUUGGAUUGUAUCAGAAAUCUUCGCUGAAGUUGUUGUCUCUUCUGUUUGCCAACUAUGCAAGUGCAGAGUCAGCCAUCUCUGAAGGUGCAAGUGGAAAAAAAGAAAAGAAGAAGAAAGGAUCAUCAUUCCAGACAGUGUCUGCUCUUCACAGGGAGAAUCUCAAUAAACUCAUGACCAACCUGAGAUCAACUCACCCACACUUUGUGCGCUGCAUCAUCCCCAAUGAGACAAAGACUCCCGGGGCGAUGGAGAAUCCUCUAGUCAUGCACCAGCUUCGCUGUAACGGUGUACUUGAAGGUAUCAGGAUUUGCAGAAAGGGUUUCCCCAACAGAAUCCUGUAUGGUGAUUUCAAACAGAGAUAUCGCAUCUUGAACCCUGCAACUAUCCCUGAGGGACAGUUCAUAGACAGCAAGAAAGGGGCAGAGAAACUACUGAGUUCUCUUGACAUUGACCACCAGCAGUACAGGUUUGGUCAUACCAAGGUAUUUUUUAAGGCUGGUCUACUAGGCCAGCUGGAAGAGAUGAGAGAUGAGCGUCUAUCAAAAAUAAUCACUGGAAUUCAAGCUAGGUCUCGUGGUCUUCUCUCAAGAAUUGAGUAUCAGAAGAUGGUAGAACGCAGGGAUGCCUUGCUUGUGAUUCAGUGGAAUGUGCGUGCAUUCAUGAGUGUCAAGAAUUGGCCCUGGAUGAAACUCUUCUUUAAAAUCAAGCCGUUGCUGAGAUCUGCUGAAGCAGAGAAGGAAAUGGCCAACAUGAAAGAUGAGUUCUUGAAGCUUAAAGAAGCUUUUGCAAAGUCAGAGGCUCGUAGAAAAGAACUCGAAGAGAAAAUGGUGACUCUUCUUCAAGAAAAGAAUGACCUCCAACUUCAAGUGCAGGCGGAACAAGAUAAUCUCUGUGAUUCUGAAGAGAGGUGUGAAGGUCUGAUCAAAAAUAAGAUCCAGAUGGAAGCUAAAAAUAAGGAGUUGACUGAACGCCUUGAGGAUGAGGAAGAGAUGAAUGCAGAGCUGACAGCAAAGAAGAGAAAGCUGGAGGACGAGUGCUCUGAGCUGAAGAAAGACAUCGAUGAUCUGGAGCUUACACUGGCUAAAGUGGAGAAAGAGAAGCAUGCUACUGAAAACAAGGUGAAGAACCUGACAGAAGAAAUGGCAGCUUUGGAUGAUAUCAUUGCCAAGCUGACAAAAGAAAAGAAAGCUUUGCAGGAAGCUCACCAGCAGACACUGGAUGACCUGCAAAGUGAGGAAGACAAAGUCAACACCCUGACCAAAGCUAAAGUAAAGCUAGAGCAGCAAGUGGAUGAUCUAGAGGGAUCUCUAGAGCAAGAAAAGAAGAUCCGGAUGGAUCUAGAAAGAGCUAAGAGAAAACUUGAGGGAGAUUUAAAGCUAACCCAGGAGAGCAUAAUGGACCUGGAGAAUGACAGGCAGCAACUGGAAGAGCGACUUAAGAAAAAAGACUUUGAAAUCAGUCAGCUCAACAGUAAAAUCGAUGACGAACAGAACAUAAUUAUGCAGCUUCAGAAGAAACUAAAGGAGCUACAGGCUCGUGUUGAAGAACUGGAGGAAGAGCUUGAGGCAGAAAGAGCUGCCAGAGCUAAGGUGGAGAAACAGAGAGCAGAUCUAGCCCGAGAGCUGGAGGAGAUCAGUGAGAGACUGGAGGAGGCUGGAGGAGCUACAUCUGCUCAGAUUGAGAUGAAUAAGAAACGCGAGGCAGAGUUUCAGAAACUUCGCAGAGACCUUGAAGAGGCCACUCUGCAGCAUGAGGCCACGGCCGCCACACUGAGAAAAAAACAAGCUGACAGUGUGACAGAACUGGGAGAGCAGCUAGAUAAUCUACAGAGAGUCAAACAAAAACUGGAAAAGGAGAAGAGUGAACUGAGGCUGGAAUUGGAUGAUGUGGUCUCCACCAUGGAGCAGAUUGUCAAAUCCAAGAUUAAUUUGGAGAAACUCAACAGAACUCUAGAAGAUCAAAUGAAUGAAUUUCGUAACAAGAGUGAGGAAAACCAAAGGUCCCUCAAUGACUUCACCACCCAGAGGGCAAAGCUUCAAGCUGAAAAUGAUGAGUUUGCGAGACAGCUAGAAGAAAAGGAAUCAUUAAUCUCUCAACUGACAAGGGGUAAGAAUUCUUUUAGUCAACAACUUGAGGACCUGAAAAGGCAGCUGGAUGAGGAAAUUAAGGCAAAGAAUGCCCUCGCCCAUGCGCUUCAGUCUGCCCGUCAUGACAUAGAUCUGCUCAGAGAGCAGUAUGAGGAGGAGCAGGAGGCCAAAGCCGAGCUACAGCGGUCCAUGUCCAAAGCUAACUCUGAGGUGGCUCAGUGGAGAACCAAGUAUGAAACUGAUGCCAUCCAGAGGACUGAAGAACUGGAAGAAGCCAAGAAGAAACUGGCUCAGCGUUUGCAGGAGGCUGAGGAGGCUGUAGAGGCUAUAAAUGCUAAAUGUUCUUCCCUUGAAAAGACUAAACACAGACUCCAGAAUGAAAUUGAAGAUUUAAUGGUGGAUGUGGAGAGAUCAAACACAGCUGCGGCAGCAUUAGACAAGAAGCAAAGAAACUUUGAUAAGGUCUUGUCUGAGUGGAAGCAGAAGUAUGAGGAGUCUCAGUGUGAACUGGAGAGCUCACAAAAGGAGGCCAGAUCUCUGAGCACAGAACUGUUCAAGCUGAAGAACUCGUAUGAGGAAUCGUUGGAUCAUCUUGAGACCCUCAAGCGAGAGAACAAAAUUCUGCAAGAGGAAAUCUCUGAUCUGACUGAACAACUUGGUGAGAGUGGAAAGACAAUCCAUGAAUUGGAGAAGGUCCGUAAGCAGCUAGAACAAGAAAAGGCUGAGAUACAAUCUGCUCUGGAAGAGGCUGAGGGAUCUUUGGAGCAUGAGGAGGGAAAAAUCCUCAGGACCCAGUUGGAAUUUAACCAGAUAAAGGCUGACAUUGAGCGCAAGAUGACUGAGAAAGAUGAGGAAAUGGAGCAGUUAAAGAAAAACAUGCAAAGGACCAUAGAUACCUUGCAAGGCGCACUGGAGUCUGAAACUCGGAGCAGGAACGAGGCUCUCAGGAUAAAGAAGAAAAUGGAAGGUGAUCUGAAUGAAAUGGAGAUUCAGCUCAGCCUGGCCAACAGACAGGCAUCCGAAGCUCAGAAACAACUAAAGUCUAUCCAGGCCCAUAUGAAGGAUUCUCAGCUGCAGCUGGAUGACUCUCUUCGAGCCAAUGAUGAUCUGAAGGAGAACACUGCUAUUGUAGAGAGACGUAAUACAUUACUUCAGGCAGAGCUGGAGGAGCUCAGAGCCGCUCUGGAACAAACAGAACGAGGACGUAAACUUGCUGAGCAAGAGCUGCUGGAUGUCACCGAGAGAGUUCAGCUGCUACAUUCUCAAAAUACCAGCCUCCUGAACCAGAAGAAGAAGUUGGAGACUGACAUAUCCCAGCUUCAGGGUGAGGUGGAUGAGGCCGUGCAAGAAUGCAGGAAUGCUGAAGAAAAAGCCAAAAAGGCCAUCACCGAUGCUGCCAUGAUGGCUGAAGAGUUGAAGAAAGAGCAAGAUACAAGUGCUCACCUGGAACGUAUGAAGAAAAACAUGGAGCAGACUAUUAAAGACCUGCAACACCGCCUGGAUGAAGCAGAACAGAUUGCCAUGAAAGGAGGCAAGAAACAAGUCCAGAAACUAGAAGCGAGAGUAAAAGAACUGGAAUGUGAAAUUGAGGCUGAACAAAAGAGAAGCAGCGAAUCUGUGAAGGGAAUCCGUAAAUACGAACGGCGCAUUAAGGAACUUACAUAUCAGACUGAGGAGGACCGUAAAAAUAUCGCCCGUCUUCAAGAUUUGGUUGACAAGCUGCAACUGAAAGUCAAAGCUUACAAAAGAGCUGCAGAAGAGGCUGAAGAACAAGCCAACAAUCAUCUUAGCAAAUUCCGUAAGCUGCAGCAUGAACUAGAUGAGUCCGAAGAAAGGGCUGAUAUUGCCGAAUCACAAGUGAAUAAGCUACGUGCCAAAAGUCGUGAUGUGGGGCCAAAGAAAGGGUUCGACGAAGAGUAAAGUUUGGGAUGUUUUCCGAAAUCAACUGUUCUCUAUAUUCAACACACAUUCUCUUUAAACAGUUGUGUUCUCUCACAUCCAUGAAAUAAAAUCACUUUGCAUCUAGACUAUUGUUCUGUGAGUU